AUGUCUCGCCAUCACCCCGAUCUCGUCAUGUGCCGGAAGCAGCCAGGCAUUGCCAUCGGCCGGCUAUGCGACAAGUGCGAUGGAAAGUGCCCCGUCUGCGACUCGUACGUGCGGCCGACAACGCUUGUGCGGAUCUGUGACGAGUGCAGCUUCGGCAACUACCAGAACAAGUGCGUUGUGUGUGGUGGCGAGGGCAUUUCGGACGCCUUUUACUGCUUUGAGUGCACACGGCUGGAAAAGGACCGGGACGGGUGUCCCAAGAUUAUAAACCUGGGCAGUUCAAGGACAGAUCUCUUCUACCAAAAGAAAACAAAUCGGACGCAAUACUAG